UUACCGUUAGAAUCUAGGUGACAAAAUAAAUCAUGCCUCUAUGAUGAUUCCUCGGACGGUGCGUGACGUUACAGGAGUAACGUUAAAUUCUGACAGAUCCUGAGGAAUUCCAGCUCGAGUGUCCCCUGAAUUGUAUUUGGAAACUCCUCCACCAUUCCUUGUUACAUUCUUUGACUCAACAAGGCCCCGGAAGUGGGGCUGUGUCAGUGGCCAACGGGUGGUUAGCAGCUGGCAACCGGCUCCUCCACUUACUCAGCAGCAAAAAAAGAGCAUCAUGGAGGUAGGUAUGAGAGUGGUGCGUGGCAUUGACUGGAAGUGGGGCAACCAGGACGAAGGUGAAGGACACGUUGGAACUGUAGUGGAGAUCGGUCGACAAGGGAGUACAACAACACCUGACAAGACAGUUGUUGUGCAGUGGGACAACGGGACCCGCACCAACUAUCGCACAGGUUACCAAGGUUCCUUCGAUCUGCUGCUUUAUGACAAUGCACAGAUAGGGGUACGACAUUCCAACAUCAUCUGUGACGGCUGCAAGAAACAUGGGAUUAUGGGUAUGCGAUGGAAGUGCAAAGUAUGCUACGACUAUGACUUGUGCACACAAUGCUAUAUGAACAGCAAACACGACCUUGCCCACCCCUUUGAGCGAUAUGAGACUGCACACUCUCAACCAGUGAGUCUAGCACCAAGACAAAAUCUGUCAAGGAUUAUCCUUAAAGGCAUCUUUCAAGGAGUGAAGGUUGUUCGUGGACCUGACUGGGACUGGGGAAAUCAAGAUGGAGGAGAGGGGAAGAUUGGCAAGGUGGUGGACAUCCGUGGGUGGGACACAGAGUCUGGUCGUAGCGUAGCCAGUGUCACUUGGUCCAAUGGUACCACCAAUGUGUACCGGAUGGGCCACAAGGGCAAAGUGGACCUAAAGUACGUCUCUGAUGUUCAGGGUGGAUUCUACUACAAAGAGCACCUUCCAAAUCUAGGUGAACAUGCAGAAUUACAAAGGCAGGAGAGUACAGAUGGGCAUGUCUUCCAGCAAGGAGACAAAGUCAAAUGUCUCCUGGAAGUGGACAUCCUUAAACAAAUGCAGGAAGGACAUGGAGGGUGGAACCCCAAAAUGGCAGAGUACAUUAGCAGAAUCGGAACCAUCCACAGGAUCACAGAAAGGGGUGAUGUCCGUGUGCAGUAUACCAAUAAUAUUCGCUGGACAUAUCACCCUGGGGCUCUUACCAAGGUGAACACAUUUGGUGUGGGUGAGCUGGUACGAGUGUUGGAGGACGUUGAGAGCGUUAAGAGACUCCAGAUUGGCCAUGGUGAAUGGACGGACAGCAUGGCAUCUGCCCUUGGGCAGGUGGGUAAGGUGUUGAAGGUAUAUGCUGAUGGUGACCUGCGUGUGGCAUUUGGCAGCCAAACAUGGACAUUUAAUCCAGCAUGCAUUUGUGCCCAGCCUGUGGAAGUAAACGCCAAUUUGAUGACAACUGAGAACCCGAGUCAGUCAGGAUGUGGUGUAACCUCUGUUCUAGAGAAACUGCUUUCCCAGUCUACAGAGCAAGACAACCCCAGCAGGCUUGUUAUUGAGGCUGCACGAGGCAGUGCCACCAAAGUACAAGAGCUAGUUCAAAAAUUCUCAGACAAGGUUGAUAUACAGAACCAGGGAAAGACAGCACUGCAGGUGGCUGCCCAUCAGGGACACAUAGAGGUGGUGAAGGUCCUGCUGCAGGCCAACAGUGACAUUGAGCUGAAAGAUGAUGAUGGAGAUGCUGCUCUACAUUACACAGCCUUUGGGAACCAGGUGGAGGUUGCAAGGUUGUUGUUGAGUAAAGAGGCCAAUGUAAAUCUUCUGAAUAACUCCAUGUGUACCGCCCUCCACAUUGCUGUCAACAAAGGUUUCACAGAAGUGGUCCAUGUUCUAACUGAACAUUCAGCGGAUGUCAACCUUCAGGAUUCUUAUGGAGACACCCCACUUCAUGAUGCCAUUGCUAAAGACUUCCAGCAUAUUAUUGAGAUCCUAACAUCCGUACCUAGUAUUGACUUCACUCUUCAGAAUAAUCGUGGUUUCAACUUGCUGCAUCAUGCUGCUUUGAAAGGCAACAAGCUUGCAACAAAGACUAUACUAGAAAGGGCACGUCAACUAGUUGAUGUGAAGAAGGACGAUGGCUUCUCAGCAUUGCAUUUGGCUGCCCUUAACAACCAUUGUGAUGUUGCUAAGAUUCUCAUCAAAGAGGGCCGCUGUGAUAUCAACAUCUGUAACAACCGCCACCAGACACCACUACAGCUUGCAGUCACCCAAGGUCAUGUUGAGCUAAUACAACUGCUGGUGACAGAGGGGGCAAACGUGAACAUGGAGGAUGAAGAUGGUGACACUUCCAUGCACGUAGCUCUUAGCCGAGAGACAUUGGCAAAUGUCAUGGUUGCCACAGAUGGAGAGGGAUCCUCCUUGUACAGCCUGCUAAGCAGAUCUGGACUGAUGGGUAACACAGACCUGAAUCUGGGCACUGCCAUUGCCUGCUUCUUGGCACAAGAGGGGGCUGACAUUAAUUAUGCCAACCACAAGGGCAAGAGUCCAUUCGACCUGCUCACCAAUUCCACUCUUCAGCAACUCAUCAAAAGCUUUUCUGAGAAACACAGGUUGCAGCAGCUCCAGGCAGUUACAUGUGGUACAAGUGGCAGCAGUAGCAGCUUGAGAAGAGUUCACACCACACCUAAUACAAUGACGAACUUGGCCAUGCCCUGUGCUCCUGGCCCAAGUGAAUGCCUCAUCUGUUCUGAACUGGCACUGCUUGUUCUUUUCUCCCCAUGCCAGCACAGUGUGGCCUGUGAAGAAUGUGCUCAUCGGAUGAAGAAAUGCAUCAAAUGCCAGGUCACCAUCACAAAGAAAAUACGUCAAGACCAGACAGAAGUGGACUUCAGUCCAGGCUCUGAGAGCUCUGAGCAGCACAACCUGCUGGAGCAGCUGCAGUCACGCUAUCGGCAGAUGGAGGAGCGUAUCACCUGCCCCAUUUGUAUUGAUAGCCACAUUCGCCUUGUCUUCCAGUGUGGCCAUGCCUCCUGCAUUGACUGCAGUGCCGCACUGAAAACUUGUCCUAUCUGCCGACAGACCAUCCGGGAACGCAUCCAGUUAUUUGUAUGACUAUACUAUGACUGUGCUGUCUGUCCAGUAUUGGUUGUACAUUUCUCCUGUUUGCUUAUUGCCGUAGAUAUUGUGACAAUACAUAUUGACUGGUUUUCACAUUGUGAUGAAGUCAAACAUCUGCUUUUGCCAUAGUCAGAUAUUAAAAUUAUAGUGGAAGAGUAGGUGUAGGAGAUAAUGUACAAUACACCCCAUCACUCCUCCCUACGUGUUAUGUUGCAAUGCUUCUCUGUGAGUUUAUCAUGGAAUCCCAACCAUUACUGUUGUUGUUUCUGUGGCAUAGCAGGAACACGUGUUCUGAUGUGGCUCUCUAAACAUGUCACAUAAAGGUUAUAUGCUACUUAAACAUGCCUCUCAUGAAGGCUGAUUAAUUUGGCUCUAUAUUUGCUGUACUCUUACCAUAAAAUGGACUCCCAUCUUCACAUGAAACUUUUUCCAUGAGAAGUUUCCAUGAUCACAUUAUAAGAACAGUUAGAUUAUAGAAGUAAACCCAAUGACGAACUGUAUCACUGUAUGUUAACAUAAUCGUUAACUAUUUUUUUAUGUAUGUAGGUGUAUUUAAAAAGGAGAAAGAUCAAAAUAAAUUCACUUAGGACAAAAGCAUCUGCUAAGAACUAUAAACGUAAAUAUUAAGUAAAAUAUUUGCAUGUAAAGGAGAAUUCUGGCAUUUUUUCAACCUGAGCCAUGAGCUAGCUAAGCUAGCUGGUUAAGCACCUACAAUGCAUUCAUAUGGGGUCAUACGCUAACAUCAAACACUCAUAUUAUUUCUUUACCCUGUGUGCUUGGGGCAAAGAAGCACACAUGUUGAGCAUUGGCAGUGGCAAAAAAAGGCUGUUUACUUUAAAAGCCAGCUGCUCCCUUUUGAAUGCAUAGUUCUUUAGCUAUUAUUUAUAUAAGUCAUACAAUGCAACAAUUUUAUGCCGAAUCUGCUCCUUAAAUUGGCUAGUAUUGCACAAGCUGAGAAAUAAGACACUCUCCAGUGUACCCUACUCCUGCUAGGAACCAGACAGCUAUUGAUUACUUACGAUAAGCAGCACGAUGUAAGGUUGUUCUCAACCUCCCUCAUGCCAUGCCUGGCUGUAAGCAACAUGCUUCCUCUCAGCCAAUUAAAUUCUAGUAGGCCUAUGCAUAAAUAACAUUGUCAUUUGAAGAAUUGUGAUUUCCCUCAUCAUUUAAGAACUAGGCCUGAAACAUGAAUUGAAGAGUUUGGUUCCAAAACGCCAUAUCCACCAUUUUAAUGAAUUUUCAUAAAUAUUUUUUUUACAUUUUGUUUUUUUCAGUAGAACUGUAAUUGGGUAUUGUUAUUUGAUUUUACUCAAUCAA